GACAUUUCGCAUUAUUGAAAAUCGGAAGUUCGUUCGUGGUGAUUUUUCCGAUCGGUAGUUCGGCAUGAUUCGCAUAAUAUUACUGUUCGAUCGUUAUGUUUAGCUGUUCAUUGCAUAUUUUAUUAAAGGGAUAUUUAGGAUUAGUGCGUUUCUCCUAUAUCUCUUUUGAUUUAUGCGUCGUAAGUUAAUGGUGAUAGGUUAUGUUAUGCCCUUUACAUUUUCAGGGUGAAAAUUAAUCACCACAACCAUGGACCCGAACAUCUAUGCACUGGUCCUUGACACCUUAAACCGUGCAACCAGUCAGGACACAGAGGUACUGAAACCUGCUGAAAAGAAGCUUCAAGAAUGGGAGGUGGAACCUGGCUUUUAUUCAGUACUUCUGAAUGUCCUUUCAAACCAUUCAAUUGAUGGAAAUGUGCGAUGGCUGGCAGUGAUGUGUUUCAAAAAUGGCGUCGACCGUUACUGGAGGAAGAAUGCGCCCAACGCCAUCAGUGAUGAAGAGAGAGUCAAGCUGAGACAAGGUCUUCUCACCACAAGCAUAUUGAGCGAACCUGUCGCUCAGAUUGCUACCCAGCUUGCCGUUUUAAUUUCAAAGAUUGCUAGGUUUGACUGCCCUACGAGCUGGCCGGACUUGGUGCCAGAGUUGAUGGGUGCGUUGAAGGCGCCACAACCACUAGUGCAGCAUCGGUCCCUGCUCAUCUUCCACCAUGUCGUCAAAGCUCUAGCCUCUAAGAGAUUAGUCGGAGAUCGACGCACAUUCCAGAAUCUAACAACCACAGUUUACUCGUUCAUCCUGGGCCUUUGGCAUGAGAACACCGAGAUCUUUCUCCGUCACAUACAAGAGGGCGCUGCUACCGAGCUCAUCACGGAACACUUAGAGAAGGCGCUGCUGUGUCUCAGGAUAUUGAGGAAACUUACAGUGUUUGGGUUCAAGAAAGCACAUGAGAGUCAAGACGCAAUGGCCUUUUUGAAUGUUGUGUUUGACAGGGCUAAGACGAGUUUAGAAUGCAGAAAACUUCUCAAAGGCAGAGGCAUCUACCCGCUGGAGCUCUGUGAGAAAUUCAUCAUACAUCUGACCAAAGUAGCGCUUGGAGUGUUAUGUGCCCAGCCAUUCUCGUAUGUGCCUUUGAUAAGGCCCUCCUUAGAGUUCGCCCUGUACUACUGCUUCACCGAGCAAGGCAUGGCGCUCAUAUACGAGAGAUUCACGAUACAGUGCCUCAAUAUAGUGAAGGGUAUCCUCCAGUGUGUCGAGUAUAAACCUCCGAAGGGAAUGGAUCAAGUUAAGGAGCCAUUAACUCUCCAAGCCCAUCAAGUCAAAAUGGAGGUUCUCGACCAGAACACACUGUGCCACAUGUGUCGGCAUUUAGUUUCCCAUUACUUCUUACUGAGCGCUGAUGACUUGGCGUUGUGGGAUGCCGAGCCAGAGAGCUUCGCUACUGACGAAGCCGGCGAAUCAUGGAAGUACAGUUUGAGGCCUUGCACCGAAGCUCUAUUCAUGGAGCUUUUCCAAUUCCGCAACGUGCUCGCCCCCGAGCUCGUGCGGUUGUUGGCAACACUGCAAACACAACAGAUUUCUCCCGACGACUUGCCUGGUAUAUUAAAGAAAGAUGCCGUUUAUAACGCUGUAGGACUGGCUGCGUUUGAUCUCUAUGACGACGUUGACUUCGACGAAUGGUUCACAAAUGUACUGAGCCAAGAACUGAAAAUCAAAGAUAACAACUACAGAAUAAUUAGGAGGCGGGUGUGUCAACUUAUCGGUCAAUGGUGUGGUGUACGCGCAUCACAAUCUCUCAGACCAGCAAUGUAUGCUUCGUUACUGGAACCGCUCACCCGGGCAGAUGAAGACGCAGCUGUCAAGUUGGCGGCCGCUGAAGCUUUGAGGAGUACUAUCGAUGACUUCAAUUUCGACGUAGAACAGUUUGCACCGUACGCUCCUCAUGCGAUCGCUGCGCUUUAUGAGCUCCUGGUGGAGUCCGAGGAGUGCGACACGAAGAUGCACGUGCUGCACGUGGUGUCGUACGUGAUGGAGCGCAUGGGCGCGCGCGUGGCGGCGGCGGGCGGCGCGGGCGCGCUGUUCGCGUACCUGCCGCAGCUGUGGGCGCACGCCGCGCACGCCGCGCACAACAUGCUGCGCGCCGCCGCGCUCGCCGCGCUCGUGCAUCUGCUCAAGGCCCUAGGUGAAUGUCCUCAAAACAUCCGACCUUGGAUCCUGAGCGUGGUGAACGAGUCCACGAAGCUGUCGGAGCCGGCUCACGUGUAUUUACUUGAAGAUGCACUCGAGCUGUGGCUCGCGGUGCUAGAAACUUCGCAGACAGGGGACCCGGCCACGCUGCAGUUGGCUGAAAACCUACAUCCUAUACUAGAACAAUCAUCAGAACACCUCCGGAUAGUGGUGUACAUAAUGCAGGCGUACACCCUCCUCUGCCCCGAGGAGUUUCUAUCAGGCCCGGGCGGCAAGUGCAUGGCCUUACUAGAAGACAUGCUCAGCGACAUGAGGACCGAGGGCGUCAUCACCGUGUUGAAGAUGGCGGAGAUCUGCAUCAGUGUCACCUUCCCCGAAAGGAACGCCUUCCUGGGGGUCAAGGUUAUCUGGCCACUCUUGAUAAGGGUUAUACAUAACACGAUUUCUAGCUGUCUCCUCGAAGGCGACGACCUGCCGAUGGUCCUCUCUGUCCAACUGUGCCUUGUCUCCCGCGUCAUACUCCUCUCCACGGAGCUGUUUUACAAAGCCAUACAAGAGGCGGCCAGUGGGAUCGCGGACUACGACUCCGACCCCGCUAAGCUGCUGACAAGGUUCCUGCACGUCUGGACUGAGAAGAUGAACUUGGUUACGCAGAUUGAGAGGUGGAAGGUUGUUGGGCUAGGUUUAGCAGCUCUCUUGACGACACAGAACGCUACAGUGCUACAGCGGUUCCCCGCUAUAUUGCUGAAUUUGACAGAAGUCCUCAAUGAUGUGAUGAAGGCUGAAGAAAAUGGCGCCUAUAUCGACGGAUUGCUGGCGCCGCCGGGCUCGCGGCCGGCGUCCCCGCUGGAGGGGCGCGGGGGCGCGGCGCGCUGGGGCGCGGGGGGCGCGGGGGGCGCGGGGGGCGCGCCCGACACGCCGCACGAGAUCCGGCGCCGCGCGCUCAUGGCCUCGCACCCCGCGCACACCAUCGACCUGCGGGUCGUCAUACACCAUCAGUUGGAGACACUAAAGAAUCAAGUUGGGGCGGAAACGUUUGAGCGCUUAGUGCAAUCCACAGACCGGGAUACCGUUACACAGAUUCGGGAAUACCUGCCUCUGUAAAUGAACGAGUGUCUAGGACUUGCCAGCAAAUGUGUAAGACUCUAGUUAUGUCAGAAAGAAGACUUUUGAAUAUGACGUAGAUGUAUUGUAUGAUGUCAUAACACACUUGAUAGUCAGUAUUCCAGUGUUGACAGUUUAUUUUUUCAUGAUAAUUAAUAGUAUUUCAUUGACAUGGAUUUUGUUAAGAAAAAUGAGUUGGCUGUCAUUGCUUCAAGCAGUUGUUUUUAUUAAUUUACAGUGGAUCUCUUUCUGACAUGAUUAGGGUCAACUUCUAAAUUGUAACAAUGCUUUUAUCCCAACGUCUAGUAAACAUAGACUCGCCAGAGUUAUUGUUUAUAUUUGUACAUUUUGUAACACUUAUUUUAAAGUAUUUAAUGCUGAAUUUUACUGUAUAUAUUAACAGCUAUAUUUUUUGCAAGAUGAGAAGUUUUCAGACAGUGUUUGGACUAAUUUAUAAUAAAAGGAAUUCCCUUUUUACGAUUUAAAAGUGAAAGCAUGCUGACAUGAAAAUUAAAUGAAAUUAAUUAUUAUUUUUACUAAAUAUAUAUCUUUUUAAAUCAUUCUUGACCGACGUGUUUUCUGAUUCUGGCAUAAAAAUAUAGUUGUUGAUACUAAAUGUUCCUCCUUGUAAAAUACCAUGGUGGUCUAAUUUUAAAUUCAAUUACUAAUUCAGUAAAAUAAACUUUAUUUUCAAAGCAUUAAGAAACAGUUUGCCUUUAUUUUAAUGGUAUUUGCAACAAUAUUGUUGUUUUAUUUAAAUACUUCAGGUAAGCUCAUCAUAUAGGUCAUGAAUAUGUGUACAUGUGAUAUUUAAAUACAAUUUCCUAUACUAUAGCUUUAAUAUAGGAGAUAUGUAGACGUCUUAUAGCGGUAUUCUGUUUUAUCUAAUACUAUAUCAGUGUUGGGUUUUCAAAGAGUAUCCCUCUUUAGAAAUUUACACAUCAAGUAUUGUGAAAUUCUAUUUUAUCUUUAUACAGACAACAACGCCUGUAUCAGAGAUCUAAAUGCUAUAUUGUUGUCGUUGUGCAUAUUAAGUGCGUAGACUGUGUCGUCUUUCUUACAACGUGGUACAAAAGUACUGCGUUAUAUUACUCAAAUUGUUAAAAAGUCGUUUAUAAAGUAUCAUCUAUAUUAUUUUAUCUUGACGAUAAUGUAUAAAAACACAAUAAUUCAGGCAAAAAUACUAAAUUACCGAGAUAACAACUGAAUACCCAGAGCUAGAGAUAAAGAAAAUAUUUACACACUAUGAAUUCAUCAUGUAUAAGUCACGAAGCGACAGUAGGUCACCGGUGACCGACGAACGAAUCGACUUCAGAAAACUAUGAGCACUUCUACUAUUGUCUAGAGUUAACUUAGCCGAAUAUUGAGAUAAGUAAAAUGAAAAAUAUAAAAUGAAUAAAAAUAUGUCAACGGAUUAUGAAUACUGCAGUUAUUUUAUCUUCACUGUUUCAACCUUUAGUAUGGUAGUCGUAAAAUAUAGUAUUUAACAACUUAUAAAUAGUCAUAAAAAUACAUCAGAAUAUUGAUGAAAUUAACAUGUUAGUUCGUAAAACUUAUAAAAUAAUGGCCUUUGAAAUAGAAAAAUAAUAAAAAUAUUAUAAAUAAAUUUGGAUAAGAAUUGUUUAAUCUUAAUUAAAUUACAGUCAAUAUGAUUUGCUAAGCUUAAGAGUGUAUACGAAACUGUUUUUAAUAGGAAUAGGAUUAUAAUUAGCAUUUUUUUACUUCUGGUCGAUACUAUGUGAUAUUGUAUCAAUUGUGUAAGUUAAUAUUUUGAAAAUUAAAACAAUGAAAUGCUUGUUCUUCUAUGUGAGUUUUCAUUACGCCAAUUGAACGAUGUCUACGAAUGGGAAAUGCCUACCGACGGGCGUUUUAAAUUGUAUCUUUUAACUAUUUAGGUUUGCUUCAUCUUAUUUCGAAUGUUCAAGUUAGCUUGAUGUCUGAUGAGGAGAAUAUAUUGCUGUAUAUUGAAUAGUUCUGGAAACGUGGUAGCAUUAUGUGUAAAGAAACAAUAUCUAUUUAUAUUUUUAUUGAGGAUUGAAACCAUAAACUACGUAAAAUGCAUUUAGGUAUUUUCCGGUCGGCAGAAAGCAUGUAAGUAAAGAAAUGCUUUACCAGAGUAUAAUGUAACUAUUUUAAUCUCAAGAAUUAAUAAAAUAAAGAUUCUUAAAAUAUUCCUGACAUUUUUAUCAGUUUAUAUUGUCCCACGGUUGGGCAAAGCCCACCACCUGCCGCACGUAUGGGCAAAGUACCAGGCAUUCAUAAAGAAAAGAAGAUCAACUCUGACGCUUCGAGUACUUCUCAUAAAAAUAUAUUUUGAUAUAAAGUGCCAAUUAAUUAAAACCAUAAUGUAACCAGGUUCUCAUAACUGUAAGUAUGUAUGUACUAUGUACGAAGAUUCCAAGUUGAAGAGUGAUUGUAUUAUAUAAAAAUAUUAAAUAUAAUAACUGAUGCAUAUUUUUUUAUCGCUCGAAUGUAAUCUUAGCUUAAUGAUAUGUAUAGUUGUUUCAUUGCACUGAAAUAUGUCUUACUCUAAAAAUGCACUUUGAACAAGUUUUUAAAUAUUGUCCACAUAAUACUAAAAAUGUUUUUUUGAGCCUUUGAAAUGGAGACAAAUUUGUCAUUUGAAGCAUAAAGUCGUGAUAAUAACAGAACUUCACUAACACAUUAUUUGCAAUAUUUAUCCAUCCAUAGGUUUUAUUUUGCAUUCUAAUUACACUGUGCCUUCUGUAUUAUAAACUUUGUAUUUUCAUUCCAUUUAAUUUUAAUAAUUUUUAAUAACGUAUUAAUGUUUAUCCUAUGCCUAGCCUUUUACAAAACUGUAUUGGGGCUUCCAGUUUAGUAAAAUACACCACAAUUUAUAUUUAUAUUAUUAAUUCUGUAUACAUGUAGGUACAACAUUUGCAGGUCACGAAGGACUGUAAAUAUUGAAUAUCGCUUGCUUUAUGAAACCAAUGAAUAUGUUUUUUUCUUUAGUAUAAUGUAAGUCAUCUUUCUUAAUAGUCAUGCACUUCAAAGCUAAUUUAACUCUUAAUUUUUGUGUCAUAGAGUUUAUAAUUGUAGGCCAGGUGGCGUGACGAAACUAUAAUGUGAAAUAACUUGCACUACAUAGCUAUAUCUAUAAGUCUUAUGUUUUGUCUAGUAAACAAUUAAUGUAGCUAGCUUAGCUACUGUAUUGUAGACCGUACGUAUGUAAAUAACAACGAAAUACAAAAAUAAAGCUUACUGUAUUGACACAGAGGUUAAAGAUAUCAAAGAUUCACCAUCAGUGUUUGAUCUAAUGUAGAAAUUUGCGGAAUUAAUAACUAUGAUUAAAAUAUAGUAAAUCUAACACAAUAAGAGAUAUUACUAUCGACACUAACGCCAUCUAUGAACUAACUUUGUGAACUCAAUACGAGUUUAUGGAAAUGUAAUUUGUAAAGGAAAAUAUUAUUAGGAAAACAUAUUUACAGCCAACUAAGGCAUUUUUUGUUAAUAUUUUAAAAUAUAAUUCAUUUAUUAUUAAGUUUUAUUUGUGGCACAACGAAGGACUGUUUCUAUGAACUUAUCUUUUGCAGUUGUUUUGUAUAAUAUUACCAGCACCGACUAUCUGUAAUUUGGAAAAAUACUAAAAGUUAAACAUUUCAAAUCUUCUUAGUAUAGGUCUUUUGGCCAGAUAAAUAAACUUUACAUGUCACGUGUCACGCUCGAUAUUGGUAAAAACGAAAUGCGUAUAUGUAAAAUACAAUUGACUGUAUUGUUGACUUGGCAUAGUUCUGUUUCUAUCACAUUAACAUAAAUAAAGUAACAGGACGUAAUAAUCUGUUGCUACUCAAAUAUGGGACAUCUAUUUAUCUGAGUAGCUCUUCAGUCUCUGAAAAGCUAAUUAACCUUAUUAGUUGUCAAUUUACUUAGUCGCGGUUGUGAUUGGUUGUCAAAAACACUAACUACCAUAGACAGAUGAUGAACAAUUCACAUUUUGAUCAGCCUUUUUCACCGGGAGUAAGUUGGAUGUCCGUAUAGAGCAAAUUUGCCAAUUCACAGUGCUAAGUAUAGCUUAUUUAUCUGGACCUAAGUCUAGAUGACUGAAUCUAGAUUACAAGACGCAAUGACUAUCUCUAUUUAGAUCUAACGCAAAUAAUAGAACGAAAUAAAUUGUUUUACAAUGCGA